AGAAAAUUAAGUAUGCAUUAGAAGACAUCUCAAAGCUAAAAGAUCUUCAAUAAUCAAUAUUAGAUAGUUAAAAAGCUUUCAUCAGGUUCAUUUGGAGUGGUCUUUUUGGGAAUAGACUUGUUGUCAAAAUAUGAAGUGGCAAUAAAAGUUGAGAAGGAGGAAAAUGAGGAAGUUCGUUCACUUGAGAGAGAAGUGCAGAUUCUAAAAAAAUUGGAUGGAGCAGAGGGGUUUCCUAAAUAUCUUUGGUCUGGUGAAGAUUAAGGUUAUAAUAUUUUGGUAAUUUAAUUGUUGGGUAAGGACCUAGCUUAUCAUUUUAAACAAUUAAAGAAAUUUUCACUAAAAACAGUAUUGACUCUUGGGAUUCAAGCUGUGUAGAUAUUAGAGAGAUCUCAUUAAAAAGGAGUGAUUCACAGAGAUCUCAAACCGGAGAACAUGAUCCUUGGUAUAGGAAGAGACAUAUCUAAAUUGUACUUAAUUGACUUUGGCAUAAGCAAAAUAUAUAGAGAUUCAAAUGGGAAACACAUGUAAGAUAGAGAACUAAAUACAUAGAUCUUUUAAGGAAUAGAAAUCCUUUUUAGGAACCACAAGAUAUGCUUCAAUUGCUGCUCAUUUAGGACAUGAGUUGGGUAGAAAAGAUGACCUUGAGUCUCUUAUGUACAUAUUGUUAUACUUCUUACGUGGGUAUUAUUUUAUGUAUUAAUAAAGACAGCUACCUUGGUAGAAUAUGGUUAAUGUUACUGAUGAUGAAAGAACAAAGAAAGUUGGGGAUAUGAAAUUGUCUCUUGAAAGCAGUCUAUUUAAGGAUUAGCCAGGAGAGCUUUAAAGAAUAUAUGAGUAACAACAUUAUAAAGAUUUAAUAGUUAUAUAAGGAAAUUGCAAUUUAAGUAGGAACCCAAUUAUAAAAUGAUAUUGUAGGAAUUGAAAAGAGCUGCAGAUUCCACAAAUACUGUGAUUGAUGGUAAUUUUGAUUGGACUGAAAUAAAAUCAUCAACACAUUAUAAGACUGAUACAAAUUAAAAUUUAAGUCGAAACAACAUUCCACUUAACUCCAAUGAGAUGAAAAGAUCUAUAGAGAAAUAACUAUCAGGACUCGUCUAAAAUGGGUAUCUUCCAUUUAUUAUUCAGUUCUAAUAAUCUUUUGGCUCCUCCUCCUGUAGGUUCUUCUAGAAAUACAAUUCAGCGAGAUGAUAUUCGUAAGAAUUCAAGUCUCACCUAAUAAACUAGCAUCAAUUAUUGCUAAUCUCUCAAUCCUAACUAUUAGAAAUCCAUUUGCGAAGAAAAUUUGAAUGAUGAAUAGUAGCAUUAUUUUGAUUUUGACAUUGUUGAAAUUAGUGAGAAUUAAAAAACAGAUAGUUCUCUACAUUAUCAAUAUGAUAAAAUAAAAAAUGGAUUUUUUGUGUAUUUGAAUGUUUGAUAUUUUCAUAGGCAUCUUCUCCCAAAAAAAAUAAAGCUCAAAUGA